AAGUUGGCACCGCAAACGCCCCACUUACUUGGGCGCCGCCGGCGAAUCCGCCGCCUUCCUCCCACGGCGCUGGCGCCUGGCGGGCGAAGGGCGGGCCGUGCCGUGGUUACAGGAUGCUUGUGCCGCAAGUGGAAGGAAGGGAGGGGCCUCAGGCCUGCGCCGCAGUCGACAGAUCCUAACCAACCCCCGCGCCGAGCUCCACCGGCGCCCUCUCCCGCCCGAGCUUGCUCCGGCGACAAUGCGGAACGACGAGCUUGACGGCGGAGGCCGGCCGAGGCUCCGGCCGUCCUACCCCAGGUACCUCCGGUCUUACGUACCCGGGAAGCGCGAGGUGGACCGGGACCCACCCCGCGGGCUCGGACCAGUGGUGCGCGGCGCCGGCACGGAUGGUCGAGCUGGGCGGCAAGCUCGACCCGGCCGGCCGCGUGGACGGGAUGCGAUUUGGGGACGAAGAUGGGGACGAGGGCAACACUGUCUUUUCCAUGCACCUCUUGGCUUUCUCUGUUAGCGAAAUUCAGUACUCGUAUGUCGUCGUAUGAUAUUAUUUUGCAAACGACUGAGGAUGUGUUGUGUGCGGCAAUUUUCAACAAGAACCGCGUGGUAGACGUUGACGACAGGACAGGACGUGGUUGUAUCUCCCUGAGAAGACUUGGCGGCUUGGCGCUGACCUCUGCCUCUACGGAGUGCUCAAAUCCGGGAGUCGUUUGGUGUAAGGGAUCGGCCAGGAGCAAAGCAAAAGGAGAAGCCAGGAAAACAAGCCUAUCCUUUAAUCGGUCAGGCAGGGGCAAAGUAAAGAAGAAGAAGCCAAAUUACCACUUACCAGACAGUGACAGGAUGGUCGAUGCUGUGGGCAGCGUGAAGCAGGUUGUCCAGGUCGCGCUCAAGAUCAAGGAGGCGGCCGACACGGUUCGCCAUAACAAGGAGGUCUGCCAUCAGAUUAGAGGCCGGGUGAAUAGACUUCGUGCUAUCCUGUCAAAGCUCGAGGGUGCUAAUACCAUGAGCGAUUCGGCGACUAGCGACACACUCAGGGACCUCGAAGAGACUCUGCAUCGUGCCUACAGGCUCGUACAUGCCUGUCGAGAGAAGAAGAACAUCGUUUCCCUUCUCUUCACUGCCGGGAAGCUCUCGAGGCAAUUGCGCCAGGUCAACGACGAUAUUUUGGCUCAGAUGGCGGUUGCAAGUUUUGGCAACAAUGUUCAGACCACCAUUAUGCUGAGUAGACAUUUUCAGGACCCUCCAAAGGAACAAGAACAAAUGGGACUUUCUAUGUUGUUUCGGGAGGAUGCAGAGCAUGCCAUAAGGUCGCCCGACAAGUCACUCACGCAUGACUCUAGACUUGAAGGGAAUGAUGGAAAUGGCGCAGCCCCUCAGGUUGAUGAGCCUUCUAGAAUUCCAAAGAUCCCACAUGCCUCGUUGCCAUGGUUUACCGUUUUUACUUACGCUCAGUUGACGCAGGCCACAAAUAGUUUUUCAUGCGAGCUUGGAAGUGGUGGCUCUGGUGUUGUUUACAAGGGCUCAUUACAUGAUGGUCGCCAAGUUGCUGUCAAAAGAACUUCUAUUCGCUCACCCAGUUGCAAAGUAGAAUGUGAAAAGGAAGUUCGUCUUGCGGCAGUGCUUCAGCAUAUAAAUAUACUGAAACUUGUGGGAUGUUGCACUACAGAAACAGAGUCAUUUCAUGUUUAUGAAUUCAUGCGAAACGGCAGCUUGCACGACCACAUACAUGGAAAGAGGAGAGAUACACUGCUGCCCUGGCCAAUGCGCUUCCAGAUUGUUGAGGGGAUUGCCCAAGGUCUCCUUUAUCUACACAAGCAGUGCGGACUAGGCAUCAUUCAUAUGGAUAUAAAACUGAGCAAUAUCUUAUUGGAUGAUGCUUACAUCCCCAAGGUUGGUGAUUUUGGAAUCUCCCUGGUGUUACCUCAGUUCCGGGAUGAGAAGCAAACUUUUCACAUAAGAGGCUCAAUCGGUUUCAUGGCUCCAGAAAUGUAUAGCUGUGGUCGUUUCUCUAUCAAGACUGAUGUGUAUAGCUAUGGCGUCCUACUCCUUGAGACCAUUAGUGGGAAGUCCUGUGUCCAAGCAGGCAGCGAUUUCAACACUCUAUUUGCAUGGGCAUGGCAUCUAUGGAAAGCGAGAAAAUUGGCAGAGUUCAUCGACUCAAGGGUACGUGAUGUUGCUGAUGUAUCAGAAAUAGAGAAGAUGAAAAGAUGCAUUCACAUAGCGCUUCUCUGUAUUGAACUUAACCCGGCACACCGGCCCACCAUGUCUGAUAUUCUUGGGAUGCUGGGCGAUAAGAAACUGGAGCUACCUAUCCCGCAGCAGCCGGCUGGAACCAACGAAAACAGUUUAGACAGCUCAGACAAUGAACUAAGUGACUGGAACCCUCACACCCUGGGAUUUACUUCCGCUUGAAACAACGGAAAAGUGGCGGGUAUUUAAAGGAUACGAGCACUAUAACAAGAUUCCAUGUUACUCUCUGGGCUAGAUGGCGUGCUAGGCUGAAGAUGAUUUAUUGCAGGCCCUGGUAUAGCAAGCAAAGCAGCCUGCUAAGCUAUUAGGAUUAAGGUGGUGUGUCAGUCAAGCUGGAGUCCUGUCAGACUCCUCCAGCCAUGGGACGUGUCAUGGUCAAUGCUGAUGGAGCUAUGUCUGGGUCGGGGCAAAAGGUCUUAACGAGUAUGGCAAGAGCCUAAUCUUCGUUUGCUUGCCGAUGGAACAGAGAACCAUCUAAGUCGUCUUUUUUCUUUGUCUGGUACACAGAGUGAGCUGGCUUAAUUGGCAUCUUCUGCUAUCUUAAGUUGCUAUACCGGAGUUUUAUCAGUAACAAACUAGUAGGAAAAGUAUGUUAUCUCUUGGCAGUUUUUUUUUUUUUUUUGAGGAUCCAAUCUCUUGGCAGUUAUGCAGCAUUAUACUCGGUAAGGAUGUUGUAACUUGCUCUCCAAAUUGUUAACCUGCUGAUGUCCAAAUC